CUUUGGAUACCGAUUUUCAUGACAUUACAUUACAUUAUUGUUAUCGAUUACUUUGUAUGUGCUCUAACGAAUACUUUGCAUUGAGUUCUUUACAGUGUUUUGUUGUUUCGUAGUAGUAAUGGAUUUAAGGUUAUAGUUACCGAGACAGUACAAAGAUGCCUAUAAAAAUGGCCGAUACACAAAUUACGAAUAUUGUCAAUGACAUACUGCGAGUGAACCCUGUGGAGGAAGCAUUUAGUAGUUACCUUGUACACAAACCAGAUCACGAACUUGAGAAAAUAACAAAGUAUCAAAAAAGAUUAUGUGCUAUUAUGUCAACUCUAAAUGCAGAAUUGCAGGAAUCUGCUAUUCGGAAUUAUAUAACGCACACAGCUGUUCUGCCAAAUCAAUACAAAAUGAAACUAUUAUUGACCAUACUAGAGAAUUUGGUCAAUACUAACGUCCUGCAAGCACGUAUGGUUUGUGACUGCAUUUUAAGCAGUGAUAAACUGCAUUGGAAGAAUACAGACUUCUGGAUUCACAGUUUUCAUUUCAUCAGAAGAAUAAUUGGUGGUGUUGAUUAUAAAGGAGUAAGAGAAAUUAUGAAGGGCUGCCGUGAAAAAGCACUCACUUUACCAUUGUACCUUAAUUCAAGCAACAUACCACAAGUAAAGGCAUUGUGCAAUGUUAUUGAGUACAUAUUCGACCGGAAUGCCUCACUGCUACCUGCAUAUUUCGUAGUAACAGAAAUACAGAAAGACUAUCCAGAUAAUAAUCAAUGGCCUCAUUGGCAAUUGGCAUCUCUUUUCACCAGUUUCAUAGAGACAUUUAGACCUUGCGCCCAAAUGGUGUCAAUAAUUGGUCAUUCAAGUAUGCUGCCAGUGGUCGAGUUCUCAGGUUACGCUGACCAUCUGAUCAACCCAUGGAGACUUGAUCCAACAACAUUGAAAUUCACAUUAAAAGGAAACUUGCCAUAUGAUGAUGAUCUGAUAAAGCCUCAAAUAGCACUUUUGAGGCAUGUUAUUCAACAACCAUACUCAAGAGACAUGAUGUGUUCGAUGCUGGGCUUGCAAAAACAGCACAAACAGCGUUGCGUAGCGCUUGAAGAUCAACUUGUUGAACUAAUGAUAUCACCAAUGGAAAAAAGUGAACAAGAAGAUGAAGAUGAUGAAAUGUCUUCUACACAUUGGUGUUGGUUACAUCUGUCUUCCCAAGUCAUAUAUUUAAUAUUGAUUGGGUUCGCUUCCUUCUCCAACAUUGUUAUGGGUUUGCAUAACAAAUUAGCCGGACACAAUUUAAAGAAAGGACGAGACCAUUUGAUGUGGGUUCUUUUGCAGUUUAUAUCGGGAAGCAUUCAAAGACACCCCUUGUCUGAUUUCCUACCGAUUAUAAAAUUGCAUGAGCUGUUAUAUCCUGAAAAGGAACCUCUGCCUGUUCCGGAUUGGACAAAAGCGCACAGCACACAUCAGAUGGCUGUUGUAUGUAUCUGGAUGCAUUUGAUUAAGAAAGCCGAAACUGAACAUAAAACUAUGUCUAUGCCACAAAAUUUGAAAGUGCAGUAUGAAUUUCUCCAACAUCUCAUGUCAUCAAAUAACACACCAACUUUAAUGGGUGGUGAUUAUCGCAUACCUUUAUUAUGCAAUGCAUAUUCAACAAAGCAAGAAUGCUAUACAAGACCGAUGGGAAUUAUUAUCGAGACAUUAUUUGGUGCUCAGAAAGCGUUACCAAGUGGUAGUACUAGUACACCAUUGCCAACAGUUCCUCUAUCCAUGUGCAUAUUGGAUAGUUUGACGUUGCAUUGCAAAAUGUCUGUGAUACAUUCUAUAGUUACUCAUGUUGCAAAAUUGGCUCAGAACAAAACAAACCUGCCCAGCAGUAAUAUGAUGGCCCCCGCAUUAGUUGAAACAUACAGUCGAUUGCUGGUUUACACAGAGAUUGAAUCCUUAGGUAUUAAAGGGUUUAUAAAUCAGCUGUUACCAAAUGUUUUCAAGUCCCAUGCGUGGGGCAUCCUACAUAACUUGUUGGAUAUGUUUUCAUAUCGGAUCCAUCACAUACAACCACAUUACAGAGUUACUUUGCUUUCGCAUUUACAUUCCUUGGCUGCCUGUCCUCAAGCAAAUCAAACACAAUUGCAACUUUGCUUCGAAAGUACGGCGCUGCGUCUGAUAACGAGUUUGGGAAGUUCCGGAGUCCAGUUGCAAAUGUCUCGGGUUGUGUCCGAGCCUAAGUCCCUUGUAUCUGCGGACAGUGAGGAACUCAACAGAGUGCUUGUGCUCACAAUAGCUAGAGGCAUUCAUAUGACAGGAACUGGAAGUGAUAGUGCCGCUGUAAAAGAGUUACUAUCUACUAUAAUGACAAAUACUCCGCAUAAUUGGUCGCAGCAUACAUUGCAGUGCUUCCCGCCUGUACUUGUUGAUUUCUUCUCUCAGAAUCCAGCAACGAAAGAAAACAAACAAUUGUUAAAGAAAUUCGUUGAAGAAGAAUACAGGAAGUGGUCGUCUAUGGCCAACGACAAUGAUAUUGUUACACAUUUCUCUGUACCGGGAGCACCACUCUUCUUAUGUCUACUAUGGAAGAUUAUCUUCGAAACCAACAGAAUCAACCCUAUUGCUUUCAAGAUUCUGGAGCGUAUCGGCGCUCGGGCGUUGUCAGCACAUGUGCGCAAAUUCUGUGACUAUUUGAUGUACGAGGUGACGAACCCCGCGGGCGGGCCGCAUAUCAACAAGUGCGUGGAUGCCAUCAAUGAUAUUGUUUGGAAAUACAAUAUUGUCACUAUCGAUAGAUUGGUGCUCUGCCUUGUGUUGCGUCCUAACUUAGACGGCAAUGAGAGUCAAGUGUGUCUGUACAUUAUCCAAUUAUUGCUGCUUAAAGGCUCGGAAUUAAGGAACCGAGCUCAAGACUUUGUGAAAGAAAACUCCCCGGAACAUUGGAAGCAAAAUAAUUGGUACGAGAAACAUUUAGCCUUCCAUAGGAAGUAUCCAGAGAAGUUUGGUCCGGAGGAAGCCAGUGGUACAUACGGUGGUACUAUCCCAGUUUACUUGAGCAAUGUUUGUUUGCGUAUGCUUCCAGUACUGGACGUGGUCGUCCACCGCCACCUUGAGAUACCACAAGUCAGCAAGAACCUAGAACAACUCCUCGAACACAUUGGAUACCUCUACAAGUUCCAUGAUCGUCCAAUAACAUUUCUUUACAAUACACUGCAUUAUUACGAAUCAAAGUUACGGGAUAAGCCGUUGUUGAAACGCAAGUUGGUUAGCGCAGUGAUCGGCUCGUUGAAGGACGUGCGGCCAGCUGGCUGGGCUACUACGGAAACCCUGCAAUUCUACCUCACCAGCUCUGAACUCGAGGUCACAAACUGGGCACCAGAUUUAAAUUAUUAUAUCAACCUUGUCAAUAGAAUGGUUGACACGAUGACGGGCGAAUCUCCCUUCCCGAACACAGAUUGGCGAUUCAAUGAAUACCCGAAUCCUUCAGCUCAUGCAUUAUAUGUCACUUGCGUAGAGUUAAUGUCUCUACCCUUCCCACCGAAUGUGGUAGGGAACAAUCUACUGGAAGUUAUCACUAAAGGGUUCGAAGUAAUUCCCACAAUGAAAGCACAAUUGUGGGUAAACGCUGUAGGACUUAUAAUGGCGGCGUUACCUGACCCGUACUGGAAUGUGAUACAUGACAGGAUAUUGGAACUUAUGACGAGCACUGAAAUGCUAGAAUGGCCGUACUCAGAGACACCGUUUCAAAUGUUUAAUCCGAAGACAACUAAUGAACUGAUGUUGGAAAACAAAUAUAGUCUAACACUUGCUUUGGGACAUGCGAUAUGGUACCAUGCGGGCACAGGACAGAUUGUUCAGUUUCCUGUCUUCGUGAAGGAGAAAUUGUCGCCCGAGAUUCGUACAGAAACACAAUUGUUGUUCCUCUGUCAUAUGGUGGGACCGUUCUUACAGCGUUUCAACUCUGAUAUAUCCCGUGUUGUUAUGGAUAUUACUUUGACGUUGUAUGAAUUACUCGCACAUAUCGAUAAAUUGCAACCACAUUUACAAUACGUCGACCCCAUAUGUGACGUACUAUAUCAUAUAAAAUAUAUGUUCGUUGGUGAUACGAUGAAGAAUGAAGUUGAGAACGUGAUAAGAAAAUUACGCCCUUCGUUGCAGAUGCGACUUCGAUUUAUAACACAUUUGAAUGUAGAUCAAAUAAACAAUACAUAAGACUUUUACAUAAUACAGCUGUUAUACAGGAUGAUUCCGGACGGAACAACGGUUUUUUGCAGUUCGAGGACCUUAAAAUCUAUCAUUUUAGCGUUUAAAUGUUACCAGAUUGUCCAUAAUAUUAAAGUUUUUUUUUUUGUAUAAAAAAAUCGGAAAAAUCAGUUUUUGUGUAAGUCGUCCCUAAAAAGAAGUUAUGGUAGGAAAGCCCACUUAUUAGGUGUGUUCAAGAAAAAAAUGACCACUGUGAACACAACAUUUUGGACGUACGGGCAAACUUUAGUCAGAUUGGAUUUUUACGAUAUUUUUUACAAAAAAUUAAUUCAUUUUCAAAUUCUAUAAAAUUGGGCAACAUACUUGAAAAUCACCCUGUAUAUCAAAUGUAUUUAUUAGCAAAUUAUUGUUUAGUGUCAAACAGAAUGAACUUUUGUCAUCAUUGUCGUUGCAAAGACAUUUAAGAAAUAGACUAGGCAGUUAACAAUUUUUUUUAUUUGGUAAUUUCUCAGAGAGGUAAUACAUCUGUUGUCAAGUUUAGUUCGUUAUUAUAUUUUGUAUUAACAUCUUUUUUAAAAAAAUAAUCUAAACAGUGUAGUAUUUAAUGACCCCUAUUGGCAAUUAAUUUAAAAACAAUUAUAUUGCCAUGUGGUUUCGUUGUUAACAGAUAGUAUUAUUGAGAUUAUGUGACAUUUUUGGAAUCACUUUGUUUAUUUGUUAUAUAUGUUAUAAAUGCGAAAGUUCAAUGGAUGGAUAGAUACUAAACGGUUGAACGGAUCUCGAUAUUUUGCGCUUAAUCUGGAAGGAAAUUGGCUACUUACUUUUUUAUUUCAAGACGGAGGUGCCGGGGGAAAGCUUGUACAGGAUGUAAUGGAAACAAUGUAUUACAUUUUGCGACGUUGUAAUUGAAAAAAUUUGGAUGAUUUUUGUAUUGUUAUAUUAUUUUUUAAAAGAACAUAAAACUGAUGACCCUAUGAACUUUGUGAAAACUCACUAUAUUGUAUAACGUGAAUAUUAUAAAAUAUAAAAUGAAAACAUUUAUAUUUUCAUAAGUUACUGGCUUUUGCCCGCAAUUCCUUCUGCGUGAAACUUAAAAAUGUUUAUAAAGAAAUGAAAAAAUGUCGCCUGUGUCACUCACAGAUAAAUUACCUUUCUAACGAUGA